GGUGCCUCUUGUGUGGUUUCCUCCCAGCCGCAGCUCCAGCCCAGUGGCUGACCGCCGGGAAACGACGCGCGCUGGGGGCUGCAGAGUCCUCACGUUAACGCCUUUGUUUGGGGAAAUCGAGUGGGUGUGGAACCCGGGAGAGCCAGCCCAAAGUCGCGUUCAGCCGGAAAAUCGGAGAUAAUACCACGAAGUUGAACUUUCUGUGGCUCCGAAAAAUAACGGUAAACCCUGAGGUCCUCGGAAGAUCGGAAGGAAAACGCUUUCGGUUUGCUUCAACUUUGAAACAUCACCUCAGCUGAGAAAAAGGAAGGUUGGUGGCGCUGAGGAGGGAAGAGGAUGAAUUGGUGAUGGACGAUUCCAAAUCGCAUCCGGUAGGUUUUCUUCUCAGACUGCCAUGAGUCAGCCACCGACUGGGGGCGCUGCCCCUGCCACAGCCGCCGCCGCCGCCGCCGCAACUCAGGCUCGCCUGCUCCCGGAGGGCAGUAGCAGAAAGCAGCAGCGAGCUCAAUCGCCCGCCAGACCCAGGGACAAUUCGGUCAGACAGACAACCGCUGCCAACCGGUCCCUGGUGGGGGCCAGCACUAAAAUCAAUUCUGCUCAGCUCCAGCAAGGCAACAAGACCGGGAACCGCGCAACAACUCCGGCCAGCGCCCGGGGAGGCGGAGGCGGGCCCGAGAAGGGGGCGCCCACGGCGCCCAAAGGCGCGGUGCCGGGAGCUGUCCACCCCGCUGCUGGUGCUGAAGCAGCCCCUGCGGCGACCCUGGCUGCUGUGGGCAGCAGGAGGCCCGGCCAGCCAGAGGAGCGGCCCCGGGAGCUACAGCCGGUGCCUUCGAAGCUCGGGGAACCCCCUCCGCCCGGGGAAGGAGGAGGAGGGGGCGGAGGAGGAGGAGGAGCCGGCGGCGGCUCCGGGGACAGGGAGGGGGGCGCUCCGCAGCCUCCGCCGCCGCCCAGAGGCUGGCGAGGGAAAGGCGUGCGCGCACCGCAGAGGGGCGGCAGCGGCGGGGAGGGGGUCUCCCUUUCGCCAUCCUCCUCCGCGGGCAAAAUCCCAGGCCCGGGCAACAGAAAUCCCGGAAGCGGCGUUGCGACGGGCGGCAGCGGUGGCGGAGGGAGCUACUGGAAGGAAGGAUGUCUGCAGUCUGAGCUCAUCCAGUUCCACCUCAAGAAGGAGCGGGCGGCAGCGGCGGCAGCCGCCGCUCAGAUGCACACUAAGAACGGCGGCGGAGGAGGCAGCAGCAGCCGCAGCUCCUUGGUCGCUGGCGCCACUGCAGUUUGCGAGCCCUUUGCCGUUCCUUCCACCUCAAUGGCGGCGGCGGCGGAGGGCCCCCAGCAGAGCACAGAAGGCAGCCCGAGCGGCGGGGGCAUGCAGGCGGCGGCGCCCCCUUCAUCGCAGCCGAACCCGCAGCAGCUCCAGGAGCAGGAAGAAAUGCAGGAGGAAAUGGAGAAGCUGCGAGAGGAGAACGAGACACUCAAGAACGAGAUCGAUGAGCUGAGGACCGAGAUGGACGAGAUGAGGGACACUUUCUUCGAGGAGGAUGCCUGUCAGCUGCAGGAAAUGCGCCACGAGUUGGAGAGAGCCAACAAAAACUGCCGGAUUCUGCAGUACCGCCUCCGCAAAGCGGAGCGCAAAAGGCUGCGUUACGCGCAGACGGGGGAAAUCGACGGGGAGCUGUUGCGCAGCCUGGAGCAGGACCUCAAGGUGGCAAAGGAUGUAUCUGUGAGACUUCACCAUGAGUUGGAGAAUGUGGAAGAAAAGAGAACAACAACAGAAGAUGAAAAUGAGAAACUGAGGCAACAGCUUAUAGAAGUUGAGAUUGCAAAGCAGGCUUUACAGAAUGAACUGGAAAAAAUGAAAGAGUUAUCUUUAAAAAGAAGAGGAAGCAAAGACUUGCCAAAAUCUGAAAAAAAGACUCAACAGACUCCCACAGAGGAGGACAAUGAAGAUCUGAAAUGCCAGCUGCAGUUCGUUAAGGAAGAAGCUGCUCUGAUGAGAAAGAAAAUGGCCAAGAUUGAUAAAGAAAAGGACAGAUUCGAACAUGAGCUGCAGAAGUACAGAUCCUUUUAUGGGGAUCUGGACAGCCCUCUGCCCAAAGGAGAAGCCGGGGGGCCGCCUAGCACCAGGGAGGCGGAGCUCAAGCUCCGACUGAGGCUGGUGGAGGAAGAAGCCAACAUUCUGGGCAGGAAAAUCGUGGAACUGGAGGUGGAGAACAGAGGGCUGAAGGCAGAACUGGACGACCUGAGGGGCGAUGACUUCAACGGCUCUGCCAACCCGCUCAUGAGGGAGCAGAGCGAAUCCCUGUCGGAGCUGCGGCAGCACCUGCAGCUGGUGGAAGACGAGACAGAGCUGCUGCGGAGAAACGUGGCAGACCUGGAGGAGCAGAACAAGCGCAUCACGGCAGAGCUCAACAAGUACAAGUACAAGUCUGGCGGCCACGAGAGCGCGCGGCACCACGACAGCGCCAAGACCGAGGCCCUGCAGGAGGAGCUGAAGGCGGCGCGCCUGCAGAUCAACGAGCUCAGCGGCAAGGUCAUGCAGCUGCAGUACGAGAACCGCGUGCUCAUGUCCAACAUGCAGCGCUACGACCUGGCCUCGCACCUGGGCAUCCGCGGCAGCCCCCGCGACAGCGACGCCGAGAGCGACGCGGGCAAGAAGGAGAGCGACGACGACUCGCGGCCGCCGCACCGCAAGCGCGAGGGGCCCAUCGGCGGCGAGAGCGACUCGGAGGAGGUGCGCAACAUCCGCUGCCUGACGCCCACCCGCUCCUUCUACCCGGCCCCCGGGCCCUGGCCCAAGAGCUUCUCCGACCGGCAGCAGAUGAAGGACAUCCGCUCGGAGGCCGAGCGCCUGGGCAAGACCAUCGACCGGCUCAUCGCCGACACGAGCACCAUCAUCACGGAGGCGCGCAUCUACGUGGCCAACGGGGACCUGUUCGGACUGAUGGACGAGGAGGACGACGGCAGCCGCAUCCGCGAGCACGAGCUGCUCUACCGCAUCAAUGCCCAGAUGAAGGCGUUCCGCAAGGAGCUGCAGACUUUCAUCGACCGCCUUGAGGUGCCCAAGUCCGCCGACGAGCGCGGCGCCGAGGAGCCCAUAUCCGUGAGUCAGGUACAGUUGUGCCUAUUGCGAGCCACGGCGAGGGCGCGGCCGGCCCUGCGGAGCGACGGUCCCCGGUGGGGCGGCUCUGCGACCCGGCUGCCGCGCCCCGCCCUGGGCAAGGCCCCGCGCAGAGCCUCACUGGGUUGUGCCUCUCUCUUCUUGAGUCCUGGCCUCCUUCAGGCCUGAGCUUUUCCUCAUUCAAUCAGGGUAAUUGAACUCUUCCCCAGAGGGGGAAAAACAACAACAACAACAAAAACCUAAAUAAAGCAAAGUAGGACCGAUGCCAAAGUAUCAGUAAAAUGUAGAAACCAGUGGUUACAGGGAAGUGAUAUUGCGUCCAGGGCCCUAGCAAAAGGAAGAAAACGGAAACCUUUUUUUCUAGAGAAAAUCAUUGUCGGCACUAUAUGGUAGAGAAUUUCAGGACUUGGGAAGGAGCCUUUUAUUCUUGCUUUAAGAAGGCAACAUUAAUUUUACCACCUCAGGGAAAUAGGAAUAACUAUUUACAGAACAGGAAAGCUAGCAUUUUUCCUUCCUCCUCAUUUGUUAGAGGCACACCCGGUGACUUGGAAUGAGCUGCUCUGGCCAGGCAGGUAUGGUGGCCACUUACAGACCAAUGCAUUUUGUCUCUACCACUUAGGAGGUAAUUUAUAAAACGAAACAGGCAGUCUGCUCCCCUCCUCCCCAAACCUGGUGGUCUGUAUCCAUUGGAGAACCCACAAAAGUUCAACAGCGUGCAUGGCUUUUAAAGAGACGCAAGACAAUUUAUAUUUUAAAAGUCAGUUUAUACACGGAAGCACAUUAGAUAACUGCUUGUUACUAACCACAACCAGAAAUCUUGCAACCCUAUUGCUUAUUCAUCCUGCACGUUGCUUUGCUAUGCUAUAUAUUUUUAAAGUUUUAUCAUACAGCUUGUUGGAUUUUGAAAU